AUGUCGCUCAAAUUAUACUAUGAUCUUAUGUCUCAACCUUCUAGGGCAGUCUAUAUUCUGUUAAAAAAAUCUAACAUUAACUUUGAACCAAAAUACGUGGAUUUACGGAAAGGUGUUCACUACACUGAUGAAUAUUCCAAUAAUAUUAACAGAUUCAAGAAGGUUCCAGUGAUUGACCAUAAUGGAUUUAUCUUGACUGAAAGUGUUGCUAUAAUUCGGUACCUGGGCAGAGAGAACCUUCUCCCGGAGGCCCUAUUCCCGAGGGCAGACAAGGUUCUGAACACACGGCUAGAUGAGUUCCUCGAAUGGCAGCAUCUUGGUCUCCGCGCUCCGCUGGCCAUGUACUUCAGAGUUGUUAUGUUCAGCCCAGACUCGGAGAAGAUCCCGUCAUACCAGAAGCGCAUGGAGACAGCUCUGGACGAGUUCAGCACGCUGUGGCUGGGACGAGGGAACCGGUAUAUUCUGGGAGACACCGUGACGGUAGCCGACUUACUAGCCGCUUGCGAGGUGGAACAACCACGGAUGACCGGAUAUGACUGCACUGCCAACUACCCCGUCAUACGAGAGUGGAUGGACCGAGUCAGGACCUACUUCAACCCACAUUAUGCCGAAGCCAGCACCAUAGUAGAAAAGAUUGCAGCCAAGAGAGUCCCUAUGAAGAAACCCACAGCUAAGUUGUGA